UUUUUCGGGUAGCGAGAUUAGCGAAGCGAGGGUUUAGAUUUUAUUAUUGUGAAGUGAUGAUGUCGGAGUAUUAUGAUCACUAUCAUCGUUGGGAACCUCUCGCUGAAUUUCAUUUCAAUAUCAACGACGAUGAGGACUUGUACGACGAUGAUAACUAUAUAUACUGCCUAUGCAGCAGAGUUUUUAUAAGAGAUGUAGUAAAAACUUACUAUGCUGAGAGAGAAGAUGGCAGUGAGAGUGAUGUCGAGGUGGCAAAAGAGUCCUGUCUCCAGGAGUGCCAGGAAUGGGAUGAUCAGUCUCAUGUACACUUCUCUGUGGACACCUCUUACAAAGUUAAAUGUGAGAAAGAUGAGGGUGCAAGUUGCUACUGUAGUGCAUCACAUACAGAAAACUAUUGCUCAACUGACGAGCAUGAUCCAGCACAAAUCCAUGGGAACAUGUCCCAUGCACUCCAACCCAGCGACAGUGGGGCAGAUCUCACCUACCCUGACUACCAGUCAGACAUCACAAAUCAUGACAAACUUGAAAAAAUGGAUCAAGAUCUCCCAGUACAGAUUUACUUAGACACCAAUGAAGAUUACCUAUCUGAAGACACUUGGGAGAAAUUCUGGGCAAUCAAUGGCGAAAGAAUAAUUUGGGCUUCAUGGAUUAAAAGAUACAGUGAUUAUAUAAACCCACAAUACUUGGAUGACAAUAAGGAACUGGUUAUAGAUGAUAAUAAUAUACAAAAGCAGCAUUCAGCUGAUGAGAUUUUUAACAAAAAAGCAGAAAAUGCAAACCAACAAGCUGAUGAAGCAGAUGAAAGUAUAAGAGAAAGAAAAUUCUCUUAUGAUUCUAAAGUUAAUCCUUUUAAAAAAGGCCGGUCUCAAGAUUCAACAGAAAAAAUUGCACGACUCAUUGAGUUAAAUUCCAAUAAAGAUGGAACAUGGACUCCCAUAGGUAGGAGGAGGUCAUGUUCUGAACAUGACAGGAUGCUCAGUCCCAGGACCCUUGCUGGAACUGAUUCUAUGACCAAUGUCACUAAAAUUACACUAUCAAGUUAUGAUGUAACAUCCAGCCAUGUUACAUCAGAGUCUUCUCCAACUGAUGACUACAGUGUGUCAUCAUCAAGUUCUGAUGAUCAAAAUGAUCAAACUAGAAUAGCUAACAUUGACGAAAACCCAGAAACUACCUCAGAAGCUUUGGAUGUGUCCAACACAGAUGAAUAUUGGCAGUUUCUAUGGAAAAAACAUUUUGGAGAACUCUACGCUUUACAUUACGCUACUUACAUUGAAAGUCACGACGCACUCACGAAAAACUUACCUGGGGAUAAUGUUGAAGUUGUUACUGAAGUUAAAAUGGAAGAGAAGCCUUCUGUAGAAUGUAAAGCAGAAGUUGAAUGUGAAAAUAGUGAUGGUAACUCACAAGAAGUAUCUUCAGUUAUAGAAGUUCAAACACAAGUUGAAGACAUGAAAAUAGAGGACAAAGUUGAAGUCAGACAAGAAGAUAAUGUAACAAAACCUAAGAAAAAGAGUAAGAAAUUAAAUAGUAGUAAAUAUUUGGGGUCUGUAGGUGUAUUGCUGCAAACUUUGCUGAAAGAAGAACAGAAAAAGAAGGUAGAAGGCGGAGUUGUAGAGGCAGGAGAAGAGAGCAAUAAUAAAAAUGAAUCAGUCACACAGGAUACUGUAGACGCUCCAACAGAUAUGCCAACUAUUCAACAAACUAAAAGCAACAGUACCUUUAGUUCAUAUAGAUAUAAUGACGGAGAAGAUGACCCACCUGAAGAAAAGCCUGUGACAUUAAAAAGAAGCCAUGAGUUAGAUGAAGAAGAAACAGCAGAGAAAAUCAAAUCAACUUUUGAAAUAAUGGGUUUGUGUGUACACCCAGACAACAUUCCUAAAGGUCUGGUUGUAUAUAGGAAGCGCAACACGAGACUUCGCCCACCACGUUCAAAAAAAUUUGGUGCUUCCAAGAAAACUUACUUUGAUGAUAAUGGGACUCCUUACAAAAAUCAGACACAUGAUUCUCAAGAUGAAAGAGAAAUGCAAACAGAUGAAGACUGCUCACUUGUCAAAUCGGAUAAUGAACACACAACAGAUGCUCCUAUGGAAAUUACUAGAUCAGAAUGUGGUCCUGAUAAAGACCCAGAUGUUGACAAUAGUGAAGCUAGAGAUGUUACUUUGGAAGCUUCUAAGGUUCCUUUCCCUCCUGAUUUGGACACGACAUUUAGUGACAUUCAGGACGAUGAUAACGAACAGAAAGAAGAUGUUGGAUUGGUAACAGCAAUAAAACGCAAAAGGCGGCAGAAACGUUAUAAAUUGGACAGCGAUAUUUCCGAAAUGCCACCUGAAUUAGCUGGAGACCCGAAGAUGAUUAAGUAUUGGAAAAAACGGCAUUCAUUGUUUCAUAGAUUCGAUGAAGGGAUUAAGUUGGAUAGAGAAAGUUGGUUCAGCGUUACGCCUGAAAACGUAGCGCGACAUAUAGCCAACAAGUAUAUCUACGACGUGGUCCUAGAUGCCUUUUGCGGCGCCGGUGGCAAUACUAUUCAAUUUGCAAUGGUUAGUGAGAAAGUGAUAGCAAUAGACAUAGAUCCCGUGAAGAUUGAGAUGGCGCGCCACAAUGCGACAGUGUACGGUGUAGCUGACCGUAUAGACUUUAUUGUCGGAGAUUUCUUCGAAUUAGCGCCCAGGAUGAAAGCUGAUAUGGUGUUCCUGAGCCCGCCGUGGGGUGGGCCCAAAUACUCAGAGAAUUACAAAUACGACAUCGAGACAAUGCUGGAACCUAGACCAGCGUCGGAGUUGAUGAGAGCCGCGCGCGAUAUAAACCCCAACAUUGCCUUGUAUUUACCCAGAAACACAAGAACUGAUCAGAUUGUGGAUUUGGCCAAAGAAGCUGGAUGUUCCGUGGAGGUCGAGCAGAGUUACCUAGACAGAAGAUUCGUCGCAAUUACCGCGUAUUUCUACUAAGUUUACCUUACUCAAUAACUUUUUAAAAAUCUCAAUAUUUUAAAUAACUACAAGUUAUUGCAAUUUAUUAUCUUUGAAGAAUCAUGAAGCAUAUUGAAAUUAUUCGAAGUAUUCGGUAAUAAUAGUAAUCCUAAUAAAAUAAUCAACGUUACAUAAACGAGUAAGUCAUUACAUUGCAUUACACAUUUUGAAAAACGCUUUGUAGUGAUCGCGUAAUGAAGACCACUAGAAUUCACAUAGUAAUAUAAUUACAACAAUGUUUCAAAAUACUACUGUUUGUAUUUACAGCAAUAACACUAACAAUUAUGAGACUCGCUCAAAGUACUUUAUUUUGUAGAUGUUUUAAAUGCUAUAGUUAUAAAUAUUACAUAAAUAUAAAAAAAUAGAAGAAUGCUAGACUAGAUUUGCCUCAAAUAUAAUAAAAAACCUUCAGGCUACCUUCAACAGUGCCAAUCAUUUGGUAUUACUGAUUAUACUUUUUUUUUCUAAAAUACUUAUUAGAAUUCAUAAAUAUUUAUGAAAGAAUAGAUACAUUAAAUAUCCUUUUAUUUUAUUGAAAUGAUAUACUAGAAAAUCUGAUGAUACAUAUUUUGUGACUCAACUAUUAGAGUAAUAAUUGUAAGCAUUUUUCUGCAUUUGCUCAAUGCACACUAAUUCAUACCUUUUUAUAAAACUUCUUAUAUUAUUCUCACAUAAUUUGGAAAUAUUUCACUGUGUGAGUUUCUUUCCAAAUGUGGUAUGUUAUUUGCUAAAAUGAGUGAUUUGUAGGCCUUGUAUUGUGAUUGUUAUAAAUGUUGUGAUGUAUGUAAAUAUAUGUUCAUAAGAAUAAAUGAUUAAUCACUA